GGGCCGGGGCGGGGCCACGCCCGAGCCCCGCGUCUCGCUCCCAUGGCCGCCCCCGGCUCCCCGCGCUGCCCCCUCUCCCCCGGGCCGCGCCCCGGGGCCCCGCACUGACGGCCCAUGGCGCCGCCCGCCGCCCGCCUCGCCCUGCUCUCUGCCGCCGCGCUCACGCUGGCGGCCCGGCCCGCGCCCAGCCCCGGCCUCGGCCCCGGACCCGAAUGUUUCACAGCCAAUGGUGCAGAUUAUAGGGGAACGCAGAACUGGACAGCACUACAAGGAGGGAAGCCAUGCCUGUUCUGGAACGAGACUUUCCAGCAUCCAUACAACACUCUGAAAUACCCCAACGGGGAGGGGGGCCUAGGCGAGCAUAACUAUUGCAGAAAUCCAGAUGGAGAUGUGAGCCCCUGGUGCUACGUGGCGGAGCAUGAGGACGGUGUCUACUGGAAGUACUGCGAGAUUCCUGCUUGUCAGAUGCCUGGAAACCUUGGCUGCUACAAGGAUCAUGGAAACCCACCUCCUCUAACUGGCGCCAGUAAAACGUCUAACAAACUUACCAUACAAACCUGCAUCAGUUUUUGUCGGAGUCAGAGGUUCAAGUUUGCUGGGAUGGAGUCGGGCUAUGCUUGCUUCUGUGGAAACAAUCCUGAUUACUGGAAGUACGGGGAGGCAGCCAGCACCGAGUGCAACAGUGUCUGCUUCGGGGAUCACACCCAGCCCUGUGGUGGCGACGGCAGGAUCAUCCUCUUUGACACUCUCGUUGGUGCCUGCGGAGGGAACUACUCGGCUAUGACCUCCGUGGUGUAUUCCCCUGACUUUCCCGACACCUACGCCACAGGGAGGGUCUGCUACUGGACCAUCCGGGUUCCAGGAGCCUCCCACAUCCGCUUCAGCUUCACCUUGUUUGACAUCAGGGACUCUGCAGAUAUGGUGGAGCUGCUGGACGGCUAUACCCACCGCGUCCUGGUCCGUUUCAAUGGGAGGAACCGCCCGCCUCUGUCCUUUAACGUCUCUCUGGAUUUUGUCAUUUUGUACUUCUUCUCCGAUCGCAUCAAUCAGGCCCAGGGAUUUGCUGUCUUAUACCAAGCCGUCAAGGAAGAGCCGCCGCAGGAGAGGUCCGCUGCCAACCAGACGCUGGCCGAGGUGAUCACAGAGCAGGCCAACCUCAGCAUCAGCGCAGCCCGGUCCUCUAAAGUCCUCUACGUCAUCACCACCAGCCCCAGCCACCCGCCCCAGACCGUCCCAGGUAGAUGGACAGUGUAUGGCCUGGCAACUCUCCUCAUCCUUACAGUCACAGCCAUUGUAGCAAAGAUACUUCUGCAUGUCACAUUCAAAUCCCAUCGCGUUCCUGCUUCAGGGGACCUUAGGGAUUGUCAUCAACCCGGGACGUCGGGGGAAAUCUGGAGCAUUUUUUAUAAGCCCUCUACUUCAAUUUCCAUCUUUAAGAAGAAGUUCAAGGGUCAGAGUCAACCAGAUGACCGUAAUCCUCUUGUGAGUGACUAAAAGCUGCCCCCUCCGAGCCCAGGACACGAGGUCCCUCCGAGCUCAAGGCCACUGGGGACCCGUGGCUUCCUCUGACCGACUCUCCCUGCCUCUCCCUCGGCCUCUCUGGCAGUCUCUGCAGGAGCGCCGUCCUACGGGCUGGAAAGGGACGUCCUGCUGCGGGGGCAGGCCUAGCCUGGACUCCCCCUGCUUCAUCGCUGCACUUAGGAGAGAGACCCAAAGUCCCAGGGUCUGGGCCCUCCCUUUGCUUCUCUCUCUCUCUCUCUCAUCUAGAAUGGGGGUGUCAGGACAGAGGGGCUGAGAUGGCAGAGAUGGUCGUGUCUGGCACUGGGCUCAGGUACCUUCUAGAUCACUGUAGGGUGGUGGGUAGGUGUAGUAUAUGCUGAGUCUUGCUUGCGUAUUUUCUGUUUUGUCCACACAGAUCACUUUCUCCCAUUCUUUAUGGUUUUAAACAGGGAUGCUUCUGAGGUUCUCUUGGGGGUUGGCCUGGUCCUGUAUUCCUGGGCAUUAGCACCCCAAAGCAUAAAGAGGGCCCCUGCUCUGUGCUGACUCUGGGGCUUUGCUCCCUGGGUGCUAGAUGAAGGUGGGCCUCCUCCAACCCGGGAGAACCUGGGAAUUGGUCCCCCAUCACAUCAAGCCUGCCCCCUGCCACACACGGGCUUCUUUCUAUAGCUUCUUUCCAUAGCUCGGUGAUCGCAGAGCAAGCCCGCAGUGGUCGUAUAAAACAUCCAUUCAUUUGUUCACACAACAGACUUUCCAGAAAGCUUUUAUAGGUGCUCAGUGACUCCUCGUUGUGUGGGAUCGCCUGGCCUUGCCCCCGUGCAGCCUGUGGUCCUGUGGAACCUGAGCCGGGCCCCCGUGGUUCUCUGACUCUCUGUUCAGAACAGGGAGUAUAAAUGUUGUGGCUUAGCCUUUAGGCAGCUUUAGGUAAGACACGGGCACCAGCAGUCCCUCCUGCAGGCGGAGCUCAUUUUUAAAAGAUGAAAAACCACCCCGUGGCCUGUGUGCUCUGCGGUCCCCUCUGCUCCUUCGUUAUGGGGACAGAGUGCCGUCUGGAAUGGCUCAGAGGGCCCUGGUCCCUAGCCCCACACUGCCCCGCCCUUCAGACGGGAAGAGAGUCGCGGAGAGUGGCAUGAGGACUGAGAGGGGGGCUUUGGGACCUGGAGACCCUCGACGACAGGCCUCCCAAGAUGGAGAGGUGCAGCUCCCGUGGUUGCUGGUCGGGAGGAAGAGCCGACUCCAGCUUAGAAGUCCCCGCCAUCCGGAAGUAGGCUUUGUCAACAGCAGCUGAGAAGAGCAGCCUGGGCCUCCGAAGGCCAGUCCUGGGCCUUUGUCAGGGCACGACUCUCCCAGAGGCACCCGGGCCUCAGGCCUCGGGCCUCUGGCCUCACAGGUUCCCUCUUUGGAGCACUUUGCCUACCUUCCCGAAAUCCCGCAGCGACCGCCUGCUGCGGCCUUUCCUGGGGUCCUGCCAUGCCGGCAACCUGUGUGUGCCUGGCUGCUCCCAGAAACGCAGAGGACCGUGUGGGGCCAGCAGGGAGGGGUGACACCCGGCAUCCAGGGGAGAUGCAGCGAGGUGGCCAGCAGAGGGGCACAGGGGCACAGGACGGGGGAAAUGGGGCAGUGUGUCCACGGGAGGGCAGGGGCGCUGCCCCAGCUACCGGCUGAGGCCUGCUGCGGGCACAGAGCCGCUCGGUGCUGCCUUCACGCUUUGAUCUGGAAAGGCUGAUUACCCCAGAGCAGCUGUCCACAGGCCCCUGGGUCUGGAGACACAGGCCUGUCCCACACGACUGGAAAUACACUGACAUGUGCUGUCUCCCCUCGAAGCUAUUCCUGGCUGUUGUGGAAUCUCCUCUGAACCAAGUGUCAGGUGUGUGCAGUCACAAAGGGCCCUGUGCCCUGAAUAGAUCCACUCACAGCACAUAGGGAAUGCGGAAUUUAGCCCCGGGAGGGGGUCGCCUGGCCGAGGGGCAGUUGUUCAGCCACCUAGGGCUUCCUGCGGCCAUUGGCCUUUGGGGCAUCCCGUGGGUCCACCCAUCCACCCUGCCCACCUCACACAGCCAGGGUGUUGUCUGCGUCUGCAGCUGGAGCAGCCCGUUCUGAGACCCAGGAAGUGCUGGUGACGCCCCAGUGCCCUCCCUCCUGCUGGCCCUCGCACAGCCACUGCCACCAGGAUCAACUUACUGGCCAGGGAGCAGCCCCAGGAGACCCAAACCAGCCUCAGGACAGUGCUGGGGGAGAGGCCAUAAAUUGUCCCAGGCCCACCCUCCAUAAACACCUCGGCUCCGGUAGGAACCUGUCAGCAGCACCCCACAGAGGGUCCCCUGUGGCUAAGUAAACACCUGAGGAAUAAUUGUCCCAGAGGAGGUGAGGUGUGCUCCCAGGAGCACCGUAGGAGGCCCGCACUUGGUCUUUUAAGAAACCACUUGAGAGAGAAGUGAGGAUUGAAGGUGCUGGAAAGCAUGCCCCCAAGAAAGGACGUCACGGAUCACAUAGCAGGUUAGGAAAGAAGAAGGGGAGGGACUUUGGGGGCCACUGUGGCCUGCCACUUUGAAAAUAUCCUGCCCAAAGCCUUUGCCCGGAGGUGAGAGAGGGAACUGAGGCUGUGGGUGGUGCUUCUGGGCCUGAGUGCCCUCCUCACUCCUUCUCUGCAGGAUCCAGGCCCUGCCUUCUCAGCACUAGGCCGCCAGGGAAGGGAGGGCUGCGGGCAGCUGAUCUUGUUGCCUCCAGGUAAAUGCCUGCAGCCAGCUGGGAACGUGGUCUUAGCUGCGUUUCACAGUGUCCUUGGCCCCUCUGGAAGCACGUGGCGCCCCAUGUUCCUCCCCGAGUGCCCAAUCACUUGCAGAACAGAGGAGGUGUAGGCCUGAAGCCCAGGUGUCCUCCACAUCGCCCUCCCUUGUCAGAACAGGGUUGAGGCCUCUCUGGGGGUGAGCGAGGUAACCAGGCUGCUGUAACUUCUGAAGUGUGGGCUCUGGCUCAAGACUGCAAUCAGCCAGAAACCCACAAAGAUCAAAGCACUAGCAAGGACAGCUGUUCUGGCCCUCAGGGCAAAGCCACGCAGCCGCACCCACUCGCCCCAUUGUCAGCCCAGGAGUGGCCUGACACCAGCGGGGCACAUAGGCCAUCACCAAGCCCCAUGCGUCCUGGGCACUUAAUCUCCACGAGCACUUAGCAGUGGACGGCCUCCGAGAUCCUGUCUCCCUUGUCUGAUGAGGCCAUCCCGCGUCUCCCACAGAGCCCGGCCCGCUCCCCAUCCCCUAGCCCAGUCAGCUGCCACCCUCUUGGGUUUUGGAUCUCCUGUUUGAUGUUUGAGGUCUGCUUUUGUUACUACCUUGGGAACUUUUAACUUUUUGAUUGUUUCCUCUGGUGUCUUUGUUUACCUUCCUCACUGUUCUACCUCCUGGCCAGGUCUCUCAGCCUAGCUGCCCUGGCAUGGGGUAUUUCUCAAAGCUUCCAGCUGCAGCUGCCUCCCCCCUCAGGUGGGACAGCUCAGGGGUGAUGAUGGAGCCUCAGCCCACUGCAUGCAGACCCCAGGGGAGCCCAUCACACAGGCUUCUGUGUUGCCAAGUCAAACAUACUCAACAAGGCAGAAGUGGGGUGUGGAGGAAAGUCGGAGGUAAAUCUGCUUCAGAAAAGAUGUGUCUUCAGGAGCACAUAGUGGGGGGCCCUUCCUUUCCUGCACAGGGAGCUGCCGUCUUGGGGUGCACGCAGCAUCAAGACCUGCCCACAUCCAGACUCACCUUCCCACAGGGAUCUUGACUUUGGAUGACAAGGCUUUAUCUGUAAAUAUGCUCUUAAUAUGCAACUUUGAGAAUAAAAUAGAAACAUCAUGUAUUUUAAAAUAUAAGAUGAAGUGUGACGCACUGUAUACAAUUUAAUAUAUAUUUUUAGGAUUUUGUUAUUUAAGAAAAUGGAAUGUAAUGGUACUUAACUUUACAAAAGAGAGAAAAAUGUUAUUUUUACUGUCUGGAGAAAAUAAAUAUUCUCACUGUUGUAGAAACA